CCUGUCCCCCACACCUUCCCCGCCUCCCCAUCUCCACGCUACCCCUCGGCCCCAUACUCCGCUUCUCCCCUUGCGCUGAUUGUCACACAUUGUUUACUACGGUUUGAAAUGUGACUCACAACAGAGGCUGUCUGCUGGAGUACCGCUCUGACAAAGCGAAGGAUUUCUUUUCUUGACGCGCGCCGUGCGUCUUGAUUAUUUUUUUUUUUUUGGAGGGGACACAGGUUUGUGGAGACUAACCCUUCUGCCAUGUCAGUGGAUUUGUUUGCGCUUUUAUCCGUCCUGGUCAUCACGUCCUCUGCGAUGGAAGAAACUUUGAUGGACACUCGGGUAGCCACGGCAGAACUGGGCUGGACGGCAUAUCCUAACUCUGGGUGGGAGGAGGUGAGUGGGUAUGAUGAAAACCUCAACACCAUCAGGACCUACCAAGUGUGCAAUGUCUUUGAGCCCAGUCAAAACAACUGGCUCCUCACAACCUUCAUUGAUCGCCGUGGUGCGCAACGCAUCUAUGUGGAGAUACGAUUCACUGUGCGGGACUGCAGCUCCAUUCCAAAUGUCCCCGGCUCCUGCAAGGAGACAUUCAAUCUGUACUACUAUGAAACUGAUUCUGUUAUCGCCACCAAAGGAACAGCCUUCUGGAUGGAGGCCCCCUACCUUAAGGUUGACACCAUUGCGGCAGAUGAAAGCUUCUCUCAGGUGGACUUUGGCGGGCGCCUAAUGAAGGUCAACACGGAGGUGCGCAGUUUUGGCCCAUUGUCGAAAAACGGCUUCUACCUGGCCUUUCAGGACUAUGGUGCCUGCAUGUCUCUGCUGUCAGUCAGGGUGUUUUUUAAGAAGUGCCCCAGUGUGGUCCAAAACUUUGCGAUCUUUCCAGAGACCAUGACCGGGGCAGAAAGCACUUCCCUGGUCAUUGCCAGAGGAAUCUGUAUCCCAAACUCAGAGGAAGUAGAUGUUCCAAUAAAACUCUACUGUAAUGGAGAUGGAGAGUGGAUGGUUCCUAUCGGUAGCUGCACCUGCAAGGCUGGGUUUGAACCUGACAAUGGGAACGUUUGCCGUGCAUGCCCACCAGGUACUUUCAAAUCAACCCAGGGUCCUGGUCUCUGUCUGCAAUGCCCUCCCAACAGCCGAUCCACAGCGGAGGCUGCCACCAUCUGUGUUUGCCGCAACGGCUACUACCGUGGCGAUGCUGAUCAACCGGAUGAACCCUGCACCAGUGUUCCAUCCAGUCCAAGGAAUGUAAUCUCCAUUGUAAAUGAGACCUCAGUGAUCCUGGAGUGGCAUUCUCCCAGGGAAACUGGCGGCCGGGAUGAUGUUGUCUACAACAUAGUGUGCAAGAAGUGCCGAGCUGACCGACGCUCCUGUUCCCACUGCGAUGACAAUGUGGACUUUGUUCCUCGACAGCUGGGCUUGACAGAGACCAGGGUCUUCAUUAGUAACCUGUUGGCUCAUACACUCUAUAGCUUUGAGAUACAAGCCGUCAACGGUGUCAGCAACAAGAGCCCAUACCCAGCACAGCAUGUUACCAUUGACAUCACCACCAACCAGGCUGCCCCAUCAAUUGUUCCCAUCAUGCACCAGAUUAGCUCCACCAUGAACAGCUUCACACUAUCAUGGCCUCAACCAGAACAACCCAAUGGCAUCAUCCUCGACUACGAGCUGCGCUACUAUGAGAAGGAUCACGCAGAGAUCAACUCCACUGUGCUGCGUAGCCAAACCAACACUGCACGUGUGGAGGGCCUCAGGCCAGGUACAGUUUACGUGGUACAGGUGCGGGCACGGACUGUGGCCGGCUUUGGCAAGUACAGCAGCAAGAUGUGCUUCCAAACCCUCACAGAUGACGACUUCAAGUCUGAGCUGAGGGAACAGCUUCCUCUGAUCGCGGGGUCAGCAGCUGCUGGAGUGGUCUUUAUUGUUUCACUUAUUGCUAUCUCCAUUGUAUGCAGCAGGAAAAGAGCGUACAGCAAGGAGGCGGUGUACAGCGACAAACUGCAGCAUUACAGCACGGGAAGAGAACUCUCUUUGCGAGCCGACAUGUCUAACUGCCCCUCCCCACUGGGCUGCCCGACCCACUUCUCAGGCUCUCCUGGAAUGAAGAUCUACAUUGAUCCCUUCACUUAUGAGGACCCUAACGAGGCAGUGAGAGAAUUUGCCAAGGAGAUCGAUGUCUCCACUGUCAAGAUUGAGGAGGUCAUCGGUGCAGGUGAAUUUGGAGAAGUGUACAAGGGCCGUUUGAAGCUGCCUGGUAAGAGAGAGAUCUAUGUGGCCAUUAAGACGCUGAAGGCUGGCUACGUGGAGAAGCAGAGGAGAGACUUCCUGUCUGAAGCCUCCAUCAUGGGCCAGUUUGACCAUCCAAACAUUAUCCGACUGGAAGGCGUCGUCACAAAAAGCCGUCCCGUCAUGAUCGUCACAGAGUUCAUGGAGAACGGUGCCCUUGACUCCUUCCUAAGGCAAAACGAUGGUCAGUUUACGGUGAUCCAGUUGGUGGGAAUGCUCCGUGGGAUAUCAGCAGGGAUGAAAUACCUCUCAGAAAUGAAUUAUGUCCAUCGUGACCUGGCCGCUCGAAACAUCCUCGUCAACAGCAACUUGGUCUGCAAAGUUUCCGACUUUGGCCUGUCACGCUAUCUGCAGGAGGACACGUCGGAUCCCAGCUACACCAGCUCCCUAGGUGGGAAGAUCCCGGUAAGGUGGACAGCUCCAGAGGCCAUCGCUUACAGAAAGUUCACCUCAGCCAGUGAUGUGUGGAGUUAUGGCAUCGUCAUGUGGGAGGUGAUGUCAUACGGAGAGAGGCCUUACUGGGACAUGUCCAACCAGGAUGUGAUCAAUGCUAUUGAACAAGAUUACCGUUUACCACCACCCAUGGACUGUCCCAGCGCCUUACACCAACUGAUGCUGGACUGCUGGCAGAAAGACCGCAAUGUACGACCUCGCUUUGCAGACAUUGUCAGCACCCUUGACAAAAUGAUCCGCAACCCCACCAGCCUAAAAGCUGUAGCCAACAUCCCUGCUGUGCCUUCUCAGCCACUGUUGGACAGAUCCAUACCCGACUUCAACACCUUCAGUUCGGUAGAGGACUGGCUUGCUGCCAUCAAGAUGAGCCAGUACAGAGACAACUUCCUCAACUCAGGCUUUACCUCCCUGCAGCUUGUGGCUCAGAUGACCUCAGAGGACUUGCUUAGAAUAGGUGUGACCUUGGCAGGCCACCAGAAGAAAAUCCUCAGUAAUAUCCAGUCCAUGAGGGUGCAGAUGAGCCAGUCACCUACAACAAUAGCAUGACUACAGGGGGCGCUGUGCCAUGGAAUGGGCAGCAUUCGGAGGACCAACACCAGCAGCCCCCGAAUGACCCCCGAUCCAUCGGAACGCGCCAGAGUCGAGACUAUUGUCCUAAUCUAAACCGCUACCAUGGCUACAGGAGACCAGGGUUUGUGCUACCACAUGGAAAACAGUUCCACCAGAUGCAUUCAGGGUCCACACCUGGCACUUUUUUCUCCAUUCAUAACUAAGGGAAGACAAAGACCAAUCUUGUGGCUUCCAACUACAUUUGUGUCAUUAUAAACCAAAAUGACUCCUACAAUCAGACAUCAACACAAGGAAGAACUUUUGAAUUCUGGCAUUGUGGUAAAACAAUUGAUAUUGUGCUUCUAUAUUAUCUGGACUAAAACACGUAAAAAAGUAGACACAAGUGUGAGACAUAUAGAAACCUGUGACCUGUGUUUUUUUUUUUAACCACACUGUUGUCAGUGCGCAAGAUGAAGACACCUUGACCUGACAAGAAAUGAGAAACGGACAAAGAAGCAACUAAAAGGAGAACUAACUGGGCAGAGAGGUAUACAGGGAUGUACAGAGGAGCACCAAUUUCAACUUUUGCUUUGUUUUUGUUUUUUUUGUUUUGUUUUUUUGCUUGUUUAAAGAUUUUUAAUAUUGUAUUAUAAAUUAACAAAUUCAGAGCUUAGUUAUAUUUUUGUCUUUUACCAUCUGUUUUCUUGUGUUGCCACUAUAGCAAGAUGCCAUCCACUUGUCUCUUAACAUAAACACUACCUGUGGAGGUCUGGUUGGGAGGCCUUGCCUAAAGGACUUUUUAACCAUCUCCACCAAGAGAAUAUGAAUAUGUUUAUCUCUUGCUAAAUAUGAUUAUAUCUUUCAUAAUAAACCUUCAUAUUGAAGGUGUUACAUAAACUGUACAGAACUCUCUGCUUGCAUUUUUGGCAAAGACAUGUUGACUAGAUUGUGAUAGAGACAUGCAAUGUGUAGUUUCCUCUCAAUCCCUGGUUUCCUUAUGAAAGCUGAACAACGGACAAUUGGUUGAACAUCUAUGUGUUCCAGGGGCACCCGGAUGACUUUUCUGACUGAAUCUUAGCUAAGGAAAAUGUAAAUUGAUCAUGGGUAAAGAACUGUUAUUGUAGAGCUGUAUGAAAAUUGUUGUAGGAGUUAAAAUAUUGGAAAAAAAAAUAUUUUACUUGAGCUCAUGUUAAAUGUGGGUGUACACAUGCUGUCUCUUGAUGGUGAGCACUUACAUGUACAGACAUCUUUUCUGUUGCAUUUGUGUUUUUAUAUAUUGCUUGUGUUGGGACUGGUCAACAGGGUGUAAUGCUUAUUUAAGGGUUGUGGCUUGGCUGGCCCAAACUCAAGAUAAGCUGAUAAUGGUCAUAAAGAUCACAAAAACAUACAUAUACAUUUGUAUUAAAUUGCUCUCAUGUCUAGAGAGUUUUAUUUUGGGGUAAGUGAUAACAAGUGCUGUAAAUAUCUAAGCUGAGGUGAAACUUUCUGUGGGUUUUAAAUGCAUGAGUGAGCAGCUAAUCAGGGUGAAUCACCAUCACUUCCUUUCACGGUGAAACUGAACAUCUGGGCUGAGGUUUGCCAACAGGCACCCAGUGCCAUUUCAAUGAACACACAGUCUUAAACGGCCCUCAAGAGCACACUGCUCACAAUAAAACAUGACCUCAUCCAUGCUGCUGUAUUCAAGUUGCUGAGUCUAUCUAUGCACCCUCACCGCAGGUGUUCACCUUAUGGACAGGCGAGAUGAAGCCAAAUGCUGUUCUGUUAAAGAGAGUUUUACACAACCAUAGACUUGGCAACAUCACUUUCUAAGGAUAUACUGACAACAGCCUAUAAAAAAAUCCUCACCUUACCAUAGUUUAUGGAAAAUAGUCAUAUUUUUAUUAAAUUUUUUAGUCUUGGAUGAGUGUUUUGUUUUCAGUACAGUUUGAUCAGGUAAAAUGAUGCUUGAUAUAAAAAUCUUAACACUUGCAGAACACUACUUCCCCCUUGACUAGCUACAAUUAACAUGGAUAUUAUUUGCAUAAUAAUUCCUAAUUAAUCAUUAUUAAGCUAUUAAUAUUGCGUAUUGUAAACCAGUAUUAUUUGUCUGCUCAGUUGUUUCAAGUCAUCUUCAUUAGCUGUAUGCUUAAAAUGGCAUUGCAAAUUGAAUAGGUAAGCUAUGUGCAUUGAUACAUAUCAAACUAUUAAUGAGUUAUUUAUUUAUUACCUCACUGAAUAGCUGGUUAUUGUUUGGCCACCAUAAUCACCUGCAUUUUUAUGUGUUAUACAAUAAUGAAACAUAUUUCUUGGGUGUUAUUAAGGCAUAAAACAUAUUCUCCUUGUAAGAUUUCUUUAUGAGGCAUAUAUUCAACAGAGCGUACUAAGAUUAAAUUCUUAGUAAGAAGUAACCUCUUUGUCUACUGUUUAUAACACUCAAUAACUGACUAUUCUAAGAAAUCGCAAUAUUCUGUUAUUUGAUGAUGUCGUUCACAAAUAAGUAAUACGUGCUUAAUAAUGACUAAUUAACAGGUAUUGUGUGUCUAAUAUAUUUGGUAAUCUAGGAAAUUAAUUAUUUGUGCACUCUAAUAUUAAGUAUUGCCAAACAUUUGCCUGACGAAUGGUACUGGGUUAUUUGGGCUGUGUGAUAGCAAUAUAUUGUUUAUUUUAUGUUACAAUGAACCCAAUCCUCACAGUUAUAUUGCAAAUUCUCCUCUUUCUGUUUUACACUCUCUUCCAGGCCGCUAUAGUUGGCUGGCAGGUCCCCAGCUUCUUUAUCCUUGGUUUAACCAAGCUAUCCAGGGCACUGUCUGAGGCUGGGCUAGGCCAGUGCUGGCGAAAUAAAUAUUUGGCUCCAUGCUUCAGUGGUCGCAGGCAGGGUGCAUACACCUGCUAGGACCCCUGUUUGACAAGCAUCUGAACAGCAAUAGGAGGGAAACGCAUGGGGCCAUCUAAAUGGACACACAGAGACAGGAACCCCUCUUAAUGUGAUUGUAAAAUAUGUUCCUAUAUCUGGUGUUUCUUUUAGGCUAAACAUGGUAAAGUGUGUGCAAAGAUGCGAGCAAGGGGUGGAGAGGCUGUUUAGAGGAAGGCUAGAUUGCAUGGAAGACGUGACAUUGAAAGAGGAUGAAUAGAUGAAAGACGCAAUUGGUCGUUUUUAGCUUGAAGUGUGGUUUGUGCUGCAAUAUUGCUUUCGUUAUAUAAAUACUAAUUUAUUUGGUUAGGUUGGGGAAUGUAAAAUAGUGUAAUUAGGCAACUGGUUUGCCCUUUGGACAAAAUCAAUUGCAUUUGGUUUUAACUCCCCAAUUCAUUGAGUUACUAACUAAAUAACAUGUUCCUUAAUGCAGGCUUGGAUACCAUUCACUAAAACCCAUUUGAUCAAUUUGAAUGUAUCAGUUCUCUAUUCAACUCAGUCGUGUUUGCUUUUCAACACACGAGCUUGUGAAUGAGAUGGUGAAUGUAUUCAUUAACGAACCAUGCAAUUCUUUUAGCCUCAUUUGCUCUGUUUGUCUUAUGAAAUAUCUUACUGUACAGUGACACUCCAGUGUGAUGAAUGGUGAGACGGUUUGCAUUCCUCCUAUGAAAGGAGGUUUCUACUGAAGCCAUUCAUCACAUACUGAUACAAAACACAAGACGAGAGCUUGUUAAGUGUUUCAUGGUGCCAUAACCGUUUGAAGAGUGUCCAACGACCCGUUUAGUUACUGGAAUCAUGCCUUGCUUUUAUGGAUCAGCUAUAUACACCUGAAAAUGACCCGACAUGACUCCAAGCAACGGCUACACUCAUUAAACUGCUUCUUUUUUUUCCACCUUCUGUUUUAGUCUGGCUUCUCGAAGAUUUACACACAUAUAAAGCAGAGUACUUCACAUCCACGUGGAUACAUACAAACACUGUGAAUACAUAAAAAAAGAGAGUUUGUGUGGUCAGCCAGGGAGGAGGAAAAUAAGAUGAAAUGGACCUUUCCCCAAAUAUAGUUGCAAUCUCUCUCUCUUUGGUACAGAUUUAAUGAGAGAAGGGAUUGUGAGUGCACAUGUCAUUAUUUGUUCAUUUCUGAGCGAGACAGUAGGCGUGUGUUUUGUGCAUAUCAAACACAGUUAUAUGUACAGAUGUUGUUGUGUGCACAGGUACAAUGUUGAUGAGUAUGAAUGGUUUUCCUAUUUUUUUUCAUCUGUUUCUGUAUAGUUGCCACAUGUAAAUUGUGAAAAUUGUGUCAAAAGUUUGUAAGAUGUAACUUUCUGAGAACAAUUGUAUUAAACUGCACUUAAUAAACGCCUUGGAAAACAAGUCA